CUUGUCUCAUUCGAGUAGCCAGUUCGCUACCGAGAGGCAUUGACAAAGCGUGGUCUACAAUUGGCAUUUAAUUCGAUCGUCAUGGAGCCAUCAGAUGCUCUGCAUCUGGAUUUUGAAUCUGUCAGCCCACUUUCUACCGAAUUCAUGAUCUGACAACUCCGGGCCUCGGCAUUGGAAACAUCCCUCAAAAAUGGAUUACGUCAUUGCUCUUCAGUCGUUAGAUAUUAUCAUGCAAUUGUGCUGCCUCUAAAUUCAAUCUUGCUUUGCCCAACACUCAUCUAUCGACAACGAGGUCGCUGACAGUAAAGUGCUCACCAUGACUACAUAUAUUCCCGCGCUCACUCUGCCUGACGCGGUCUUUCUGAAGCCCGCCCUAUCCGUCUUGCUGCCCAUUGGCCUUGGCACAGCUGUUGGCUUCAGUGCCACUCAGACUCAGAAGACCUAUCUUGCUCUCAAGAAACCCUCGGUUCAACCUCCGCCAUGGCUGUUUGGUCCGGUCUGGACCGUCCUUUAUGGUCUCAUGGGUUAUGCCGCCUACCGAGUUGCGGACAUUGGUCUCUCUCCCUUCUCAUCCCCUGAGACUAUCGUGAACACUCGACGUGCAAUGACUCUCUACUCCAUUCAACUCGGCCUCAACCUUAUCUGGACUCCUCUCUUCUUCGGCUUGUAUCGCCCAAUCGAGGCGUCGGUUGAUAUUGUGACCCUGCUCGGCGUCAACGGCUACCUCACUUACCUCUACAGCUCCGUUGAUUCUGUUGCUGCGUGGAGUCAGGUUCCCUACCUCGGCUGGCUCAGCUUUGCCACGUACCUAUGCACUACCAUUGGUUAUUUGAACAACUGGGACUUGAAGACCAAGGAGGUUAAGGACGAGUAAGUCCAUCUUAUGAUGAAUGCAGUUCUUCAAAGUCAUGAGUUUUGGUCCACAAUGUACUUUUAUUUCCUGUCACACUAUGUCAUUUCAAAGCCAAAGUCGCUCUAUCCGUCUAAUACCAAAAGCAUC